AUGAGCCAUAAAGGACGGCAGGGAAGGAUGAGCGAGUGUUCUGGGGCAGCUGUGUCCGGGGCGGUGAUCCUGGAGGAACCUGAGGGUUCAGGGGCUCCAGGGGGCCGUGGUGAAGGCCAGGCCCCGAAUCAGGGUCCCCUUCGCUGUGCAGUGUGGCCUCGCCAGCAGACAUGGCUGUGUGUGGUCCCCUUGCUCAUUGGUUUUAUCGGCCUUGGAUUGAGCCUGAUGUUGCUGAAAUGGAUUGUUGUCGGUACAGUGCGGGAUUACGUGCCAACAGACCUGGUGGAUGCUAAUCGAAUAGGCCAGGAUCCUAUCUUCCUGUCCAAGCCAAGCGGCAUUCCCAAAAGUCCUGACACUACCACCACCACGACUACUCCUACAGUUGAUGGCGGGAACCCAACGCCUAGAACUGUUACCGCCGCCAAAGGUAGAACUCGCUCCACCGCUACUACCACAACCAUAAACCCCAGAGGAGGAGGAGGAGCCUCGGGUAGCCAAGUCACACCAAGGAAUCCUGUAAACCGACGCGGACCGCCUGCUUUUACUACGACUACCGCGGCGCCACGGACGACCUUCGUAAUUGGAGCAGCGACAUCUAGCCCCUCACCGGCCAAUCCUACCGUACUCCACGACUCCACGCAGAUGUGGACCCUGGAGCAUACUACUACAGAGACGGUCUCGACCACGCUCACCACGCGUACGCACGGCCACCGCAAAACACCAUCUCCAACCGUGCCUCCGCUGCACUCGGAGCAUUUCAAACCAUGCCACGAGAAGGACCUGGCGUACUGCCUGAACGGCGGCGAAUGCUUCGUCAUCGAGACGCUCAGCGGGCCUCACAAGCACUGCAAGUGUCGAGAAGGCUACCAGGGGAUCCGCUGUGACCAGUUUCUGCCCAAGACUGACUCCAUCCUGUCAGACCCAAAUCACUUGGGCAUCGAGUUUAUGGAGAGCAAAGAGGUGUACAAGAGACAGGUGCUGUCAAUCACCUCCAUCGCCAUGGCCAUCAGCCUGCUGGGAACGCUGUGCAUGGCGCUGUACUGCCGCAACAAGAGGCGCAGAGAGAAACUCCAGGCUCACCUGAAGGAGAAUCGCAGUCUGAAGAACUACACCGCUAACUCCCAUAACGCCCUGGAUGCCAAGCUGAGGGCCCCUAACGCCAACCUGCAAAUGCACGAGUACUUCAAACGCUCUUCCCAGCCUCGCCAGGGAACCGUUUGCACGCCCAGCUUUGCACACUGCAACAUCUCCACCACGGUCAUCGGCAGCUCCAGAGGCACGGCCAAACAUCACAGAAGUGGUUCCUUGUCUCACAGCCCGGAUCAGAGAACCAAGGCAUCCCAUUGGUCGGCUCCGCGCAGGACCCCGCCCAUACCGAGGGGAAGGUUGAAUCCGAUUGGAGGGUCCAAGUAUUCAGGGCCCGCCUACCAACACCUUCAGGAAGUGGACUCUUCUGAGGCAGAGGCACAGAGAGGAUGCCAGACGCAGGGUGAGCACCGCUGUGACGACCCCAGACGAGAUGCCUUCCUCCAUAUGCAAUCUCCUGUUUCCUUUGAGACUCCGUCGCCAUCGCCUUUGAGCGUCCACAUGGGGGUACGUUCAGGUGCCCCGUCCGACCCAAGCGAACCCAAUCCCUACGCCCGCAGCCUGCGUAGACCCGGACGCCGCCACUCCCCGCCUCCUCCGUUUCGCUCCUGCUCCAUCCCCAUCAUCCCCUCCGUCCAGUGUCACCACGACAGCGAGGCGUCUUGUAUGCAAACCAGCGUCACGCCAGCAACCAGGGCCAUGUGUGCGGGAGGCAAGGAAGCGAGGAGAGAGAGGGCAGCACAGGUCGCCUUGUCUUCUACUUCCUGCUCCUCUGCCAUUGGCCAGCAGCGGGAUGAGGUGGCGCUGCUGCUGGAGGAGGCGCAGGAGCAGCUCAGGGCAUUGGCGCUGGCCCACAGGAAGCAGGAGGAAGGCGGGGUCAGCGGCGGAUGCACGGCUGCACAGGUGGAGGCCAGAGAAACUGUUUGCUUCCUGAAUCUUAGCGGAGGAAGCGUCGGGGCGCUGAGCUGCAACGGACCCACGCAGACGCAGCUGCUCAGCCCCAGCCUAUCACACAGAGACCUGGGCCAAAUCAGCCAAUGAGAGGACUCCAUUUAGGACUUUCGCUUUCAGUUCGACAGACUGACGUGUUCUGCAUCAGUGGGACACGAAUGGAUAAAAAAAACACCAUGUAAUAUCAAGGAAAAAGUUCUGGUGAUGCAGACUGUACGGAUACAAACACUGAGCGCCUUUACACCGACUGACAGUAUGGAAGAAAAAAAACAUUUACAUUUAUUUACAAAAACAAGAGAAACACUUAGGCAAAAAGAAACCAAAUAGUCUGUCAACUCCAUGGUGUUUUUAAUUGUAAAAAGAAUAUAUAAAUAUAUAUAUAAAUAUAUAUGGAUAUAAAUAUAUGGAAUUCAAAAAGUGACCAACGUUGAAGAACACAGGAAUGAUGUAACUACUCUUCUUUUCUUCUCCUCCCUGUUUUUGUAUUAACUCUGUCACGAUUUUGGGUUUGACGGCUCUCGAGAAAGACUUUAGAACGCCGCACGUCCACGAGAUUCUGUGAGCCUGUACAGAAUCCAAUAUGGCCGACAAGGAAGGAGCCUCCACACCGAUUUACCCCCCCCCCCCCCCCCCCCCCCUGCUGGCCUUUUAAAAAACGUGUCUACCCAGCCAAGAAUACACUUUAAAGGACUUACGACAAAAAACUAAAACUCCCCGGCCGUGUGCUUGUGUGUGUGUGAGUGUGUGUGUGUGUGUGUGUGUGUGUGUGUACUGAAUUGCAGCAAGAGAAGAAGAAAAACACCGGAAGCUACUACAGUACAGUUGGUCAUCUUUGGGAGGGCAGAUUGUUAAAGAGGGCACAUGUACGCUGUACGCUGACCCCCACCCCCCCACCCCCCGUUUGGCCGAAACCAAUCUAGAUUACUUUAGUUUUUUUUACAAAUGGUAUUUUCACACAGACGCGCACACACACUCACCUGUGCAUCCAUUGUCGGACGGUCAGAUGAACGGACAAAGGAAGGACAGACGGAGCUACUCUGACGUUUAUUUUAGUUUCAGUUUCGUUUGUUUUUUUCCAUUUUUGGUUUUUAACGAACAAUGCUGCUUUCUGGGGCUGAUGGGAGGGGAGAACCACAUGGUUUGGGUAUUGAAACAAAUAAAUGUCUCUAUGUUGUAUCCUAUGAAUUGGAAGCUUUUGAAUCUCUGUAUGAAUUUACAGCCAAAUGUUUCUGGUGAUAAAAAGUAAAAAAUGGUUGCAAUUCUGGUAAAGAUUUUUCAAAAUGAGAGUUGUUUCGGUUGAUUGCUUUCGAAGACGUUUUGACUCCUUAAAAGCAACAAGCGAUGCUGGGGAACAUCAGCACUUAUUAUUUGGCCUUUUCACACACACACAAUAUGGU